GAAGCUUUUGGCCCCGCCUCUGGAGGGAGGUGGAUGAGGAGACCGGAAGCGUUUGCUUCCUCUCGCCUCGGUGCUUCCUUUAGUCCCGCCCCCGGCUACGUGCGCAAGGUCAUGUUCCGGAAGUAAAGGGGCCAUGUUGAUGGGUGACCCCGGGAGAGGCACUAGGCGAGAGGCGAAUCCGGAGGAGUGGUAACGCGCGCGGCCCGCGGAGCGUGACGCUAGUCCCGCCUGUCCCCCAUGGCCCCGUGGAGCCGAGAGGCGGUGCUGAGUCUCUACCGGGCUCUACUGCGCCAGGGCCGAGAGCUUCGCUACACUGAUCGAGAUUUCUACUUUGCCUCUGUCCGCCGAGAGUUCCGGAAAAACCAGAGGCUUGAGGAUCCUGAGGCCCGGGAGAAGCAGCUGGAGAAAGGGCUUGUCUUCCUUCGCAGCAAACUAGGGGGACUUGUUUAGGAUCCUCCCCUUUACUCUUACACCCUGACUGCAAGGAAAGAGGACAAAGUGUGGACACUCCUGUCCCCCCCCCCCCCACCUCCCAGAUGCAUUAAGAAGCCUCA